UAGCGGCCGCUGGGGUGCCCCACGUGGUGGCGGGAGCACACCGCGGAGAUCGGGCCGCGCGGGGCCCGACAUGAAUCCGUUCUCCUGGUUCCCGCCGCCGGGGUUCCUCCCGCCGCCCUUCUGCCCGCCGCCCCCCUGGGACCCCAGCCUCUGGGCUCCUCCCGGUGCCUUCCCGCCGCACGGGCACUACCCUCCUCCCGACGGCUACUCGCAGCCGGCCGACAGCUGCCCGCCUGCCGAGAACUGCCCGCCAGACGAGCGCUACUCGCAGACCGAGAGUUACAUGCCUCCCGCUGGCUGGUACCCCCCGGCCUACAGAGAGCAACGGCAAGGCCCGUACGCUGCUGGAAACGGCAAUUUCUCCCAGAAAUGGCAAGGCGAGCAAGGGCCUGGAUCUGGCAAACAUUAUCCAGAAGAAAAGAACAAGCCAAAGAACAAAAAGAAAAAAGAACCUGUCUUCACUCAUUAUUGUGAUACCUGUGACCGUGGCUAUAAAAACCAGGAGAAGUAUGAUGAACAUGUUUCACAGCAUAAACAGUGCACAGAAGAAGGUUGCAAUUUCAGCGCACACGAGAAGAUAGUUCAGAUACACUGGAAGAAUGCGCAUGCACCUGGUGCUAAAAGAAUAAAAUUAGAUAGUCCAGAAGAGAUCGCUAAGUGGAGAGAAGAAAGAAAAAAAAAUUUUCCUACAUCGGCAAACAUUGAAAGGAAGAAGGCGAUGCAGAUGCAGAAGGAAGAAAGGGGAGAAGUGCUGACUACCCAGCAGUUUGGCAAAAUGAAGGGGAUGUGGAAGCCUUCAGGAAAUGAAGAGAGGGUUGGGCAGCAAGGAAGACAGAAGAGAAGACAAAGGCGCCCGUUUUGGAAGAAAUUUAAGAAAAAUGGUGAUGAUUCCAAUGUACAUAAAACUCAAAAUGAAGCAAAUGGGGCAGAAAAUGGCAUGUGUGAAAAGGAGCAUGAAAACCAGCAUGCUUUGGCAUCUCAGCCAUAUGUGAAGGACGUAGACCCUCUUGGUCUUCUGGCAAACAGUGAUGUUGAAUCCGACAAGGAUGAAGCAGCAGCUGAAGACGGGAGGCUGGGUUUGACUGUUGUUCCCAAGCAGGUCACUUCUGCUCUGAGUUCCUUGUCAGCCAACUAUGGCAGCGCAUCUGACAACGAGUCUGAAGAAAUCCCUGUCAAGACUGCAACAAAAUCUGAGGAAAAGCAGCCUGCACUCAAAAAUACUCCUCAAACUGCUUCUGUUCCUCGGAGCCGAAACCCGAAGCAAAAAUGUCCAGAACAUGCAGGCGUGAUGUUGAGAAGCUCAAAUUCAAAUGCACGUCCCCCCAGAGGGCCUGAUAACUGGGGCAAGAAAACAUUACCUCUCCUUCCGAAGCGCCGUCCAACUCUGCUGGAAAUGUUACUGGCCCAGGACAUCCGGCACGAAAGGAAUGUGAUUUUGCAGUGUAUUCGAUACCUCAUCCGGAAUAACGUAUUUGGACUUCAUUUUAAAACAGAACCACAAGCUGAAACAGAGACUGAACAGCCCUCUGCAACAGCUACGGCAGAGUCUUUGGCAGACAAGCUCAAUGAAUCUAGUUGUUCUUGUACCUCUGACCUUCAGUUAGCAGGAGGAAGAGAAGAUGCAUUAUUAAUAGCCCAGGGUGAGAAAGAACCUGAGGAUCAGACUUCGCAGAUGGCUCACUUGGCAGAUGAGGACACAUGGGAAACCCCAUCAGUUCAGUGUGAACAAAUACUGUAGAUGAUGUCUGUUGUGGAUGGUAAAGCAGAGGCUCAUGUUUUCUACCUGACUGAUGCUUUUUGAAAAACAUCAGUAUAACAAAAUGAUCAUUAAAUUACAUACUGAGAACUGUUGAAACCA